UUCCGUCAAGACGUAUGAGUGUACGCGCUGAAGUUGUAUGUGAAGAUGGCGGACGAGGAGGCCGAGCAGGACCGUAGUCUUAUGGAUGGUAUCAGCAAAACAAUUGGAGAAGUCAGAACAUUGCUGGAAGGACUACACGAAGUUCUGAUUAGAGAGAGCACAGGCUCACCAGUUCAGUCCUCUUCUAAGUAUUGUCAGGAGUUCUGUAGGACGCUGUUGGAGUUUGUAGGCCUUUGGAAGACAGAGGAGGAGCCAUUGCCACUUGUACACGUGUACCUGGUCGCCCUACUCAGUUUUGCCAAGGCUUCUUCAUGUCUCUCUCUGCAGUGUGAAAGUGUUCCACUUGUAAUUGAGAGACUUUCACUGAGCUUUUUGGAGCUCUUGCUCGCUCAGAAGAAUCUGCCAGAUGAUUUAUGGCAGUAUUUCAAGUCGUCUGUUCAGUUUGCACACAGCGAACUUCAGGAGAAUGGAAUAACCCAGCUAUCGCUACUCUGUGUCCUAAGCCAGCAUGAAGGCAUUUGGAACCACAAAGUUCUGCAAAGUAUUCUGUCCAACGAGACCCCUACAACAAAACAUGUUGAAGAGUUCCUGGAGCUUGAGGGCGCUGUCUUGCUGCAGAUGAGAGUAAAGCAACUGAUGAAGGAAAAACAGUUGGAGAAGGCUGCACAUCUGGCAAAGGUCUGCAAUGAAUACUCUGCUUUUCAAACAAAGGGGGACUUCAAGCAGAUGUAUCUUGUCUGCCUUUGUGGCAUUUUAGAAAAAGAUCAACUUAUGUUGGAGCUUUCAAAGGAGGACUGUCAUGAUGCUCUAGAGAUGAUUUGCAACUUGGAAUCAGAUGGAGAUGACCAUGCAGCAUUGAGUUUAUGUUCAGCUUUUCUGACCCGGCAGCUUCUCCAAGGAGACACAUACUGUGCUUGGGAGCUCACGCUGUUUUGGAGUAAGCUGCUAAAGCGAUUAGAGCCAUCAGACCACGCCUUCCUUGAUAGAUGCCGGCAAAUGUCAGUCUUAUCCAAAUCAGUGUAUCACAUCCUGUUCUUCAUCAAGGUCAUUCAGUCAGAGAUAAAUCACAAUGGGCUACCAGUGUGUAUCGAGUUGUGCAUAAUGGCUCUACGAAUCACAUCAGAGGAUGAUAAAGGAAAGGCCACAGUCUGUAAAACAAUUUCCUGUUUGCUUCCAGCUGAUCUGGAAGUUAAGAGGGCAUGCCAACUAACAGAGUUCCUUCUGGAGCCUACGGUGGAUUCAUACUAUGUUGUGGAGACACUUUACAAUGAACCAGAUCAAAAACUAGAGGAAGAAAGUAUGCCUAUUUCUAACUGUCUACGUUGUGAGCUCUUACUGGUUUUAAAAACCCAAUGGCCUUUUGACCCAGAGUUCUGGGAUUGGAAAACACUGAAACGUCAUUGUCUGUCACUAAUGGGUAACGAGGCUUCCAUCGUUUCAUCCAUUGAUUCUCUAAAUGAUUCUGAGAACACAGAGGAAGAGGAAGACUAUAUGAGUUUACAGGAGUGCAAUAAUAUCCCAAACGACAUAGUAAGCGGCACAUAUGAAAUUCAAGAUGUCAUGGAUAGGAAACAGAAAAAUCGAGAAAUGAAGAAACUGAGGGAAAAGGGCUUUGUAUCCACCCGUUUUAGAAACUGGCAGGCCUACAUGCAGUACUGUGUGCUCUGCGACAAAGAGUUUCUUGGUCACCGAAUUGUUAGACAUGCCCAGAUUCACCUUAGCAGUGGAAUAUAUACUUGCCCAAUAUGUGCUCAAACGUUCACAUCAAAAGACACACUGCUUCCUCAUGUAACGUCGCAUGUUAAAGUUUCUUGCAAGGAAAGGCUGACUGCAAUGAAAACCAACAAAGCAAUGGUUCAUUCCAAAAUGGCUGCUCCUCCCAUUGCAAUUUUGAAGGUAAAGGCCCACAAUGAGCUAAAGGAAGACAGCAGUUCACUACAGCAAAAUUGUGGUGCAAUUCAAAGAGCUCAGGCACAAGUGGAUAGACGUGAUGUAGAUAUUAAUGAAGACAACGUGUGCCCUGUUGGGAAAUGCAAGAGGAGCUUUAAGUUUUUCAAAAACCUCAUUGCACAUGUAAAAGGUCAUGGGGACAAUGAAGAAGCAAGAACGUUUCUUGAACUGCAGAACAACAAGGUGGUUUGCCAGUACUGUCGUCGCCACUUCAUUAGUGUCACACAUCUUAAUGAUCAUUUACAAGUCCACUGUGGUGCAAAGCCUUAUAUUUGUAUCCAGUUAAACUGCAAGGCAAGUUUUCUCACAAACACCAAACUCCUAAUACAUAAGAAAACACAUUCAGUUUUCAAAGCUAGAUGCAUGUUUCCAAAGUGUGGAAAAAUUUUUAAUGCCCCUUUUAAACUCUAUGACCAUGAGGCACAUCACUACAAAACCUUUACUUGUAAAGCUUUUGGUUGUGGAAAAGUAUUUCACUCUCAACAACAGCUAGAUUUACAUCUAGACAACCAUGCUACUCAGGAUCAAGAAAGUCCACCUUGUUCACAGUCCUCAUCCAAUACACAGCUUGGUUCUUCUUCACUUAGUAAGCAAAUGCUUUCCAGUCAAUCUUCUGUGAAACAAGGAACUGUGAAACAAGAAUAUUUACAGGAGACCUUGAACUCUGAUGCUUCUGCUUAUCCAAAGGAUGGAGAACUUAUGACAAUACAAAGUUUGCCAGAGACUUCACAAGAACAUGUGGAUGCCGUGGAUGGAUGUCAGCUUAAAUCAGAGUCGCCACAAUCAGUGUUUCCAACAGACAUGUACAAUUCUAAUAAUUCUCUCAUUCGGUCGGUGCAUUCCCAUUUACUUGAUUCUAACAAAGUAGAAGACAAGUUUGAUCAUAAGUCAUUAGAUUGUGAGAUUCCACCUCAAAGUUAUCCAAUACAUCCAUUUGAAGCCAGUGUAGGAGAACUUGUACAAAGUCUGCCACACACACUCCCCAGCAAAGGAAACAGUGAUAUCCCUUACAAAUCAAAUCAUAACUUUAUGUUACCUACUCAGCUAGGGCCUGUGUCUUGUAGGAAUCAUUCAGUAGUAUCAUUGCCCCACAUUUUUCCAGAUUCAGCAAUGUCCCAACCACUACCACCAGACCUAAUCUCUCAACAACUAACCGAGAGCAACCAGAGGAAUUUACCCUCAAAUAUUACAGUCACCUCUUCUGGACAGAUAGAGAGGUUUCACUGUGCAUUUGGAGCAUGUACAAAAAACUAUAGCUCUUAUAGAAGUGUUUCCAAGCACAUGAAAGCAGUUCACCCUGAUUUCUAUGAGCAAUGGAAAGUUGCCAGGACUGAUAUCAGAUUAAGCCACAUUCCAGCACAGAAUGCUGCAUCAGGGCCGUCAAGUUCAGUCUCAUCAUUACAGAAGAAGCAGGCCAGUCGUCGAGUUCAGAAAAAGAAUGUUAUUCCACCAAAUCCCUGUGUUAACAUGAGUACUACUGCUCAAUGUAGUAUUCCACAUAAUCUCCCCUCAUUUCCCCACAAUCCAAACAGUUCUAUGCUAAUGGCAAAUGUUUUGAAUCCGAUUGUCCUUUCUCAGUUAGGAGCUGACCGAAGACCAGUAACAGCGGAGUCUCAAGUUACAAAGGACCAGAACCCUGUUACUGCUGAAAGUGAAGAUGUUGCUAACUGUAAUUCUUCCAAAAUAUUCCCAUCUACUCAGCAAAUUAUGCAAGAGAUUGAUUCUACUAGUGAUGUUUUCCCACUUUGUAUUCCUUCUUGCUCUGCAAUGGGAUCAAAAAUAAACCAACCACAGUCCUUGCAGCCACAGCGUGAUAAGAGUAGACCUCAGUCUUCUAUGUCUUCAUGCAUUCAAAGGUCAGUGGAGUCAUCACAACAAAUGGGAGCCUCUCAGCCCUGUAUUGUACAGAUGGAAAGCAGUGCAGUACCACUUUCAAAUACUCCAGAGAAAACAAAUUCAAGGCAAAAUGAUAAACUCUCUGAUUUUUCCAUUGCCGAAGAAACUUUAAACAGAACUUUUCAGCCGAACUAUGGCCCCACCACCUCUAAAGAAAGCUCUGAGACUCAAACGCAAGCCAAGAAACACACAAGAACCAAAUGGCCCGCAAUAAUCAAGGAUGGGAAAUUCUUUUGUCGAAGAUGCUUCAGACAAUUUGAUAAUCCUAGAUCUCUUGGUGGUCAUUUGUCCAAGCGAACAGUUUGCAAACCAUAUCAGGAGUCAGGAAUAAACACAGAUUUACCUCAAUCAUUUCUUGAUCUUCUAAGUUCAUCACAAACAGUUGCCACAUCCCAGUCACUACCAUUUUACAAUGGUGUUGCUGUGUAUCAAAAGCCAGAUAAGAGGUUAACUGAUUCCUCUUCAGCUACAAAACAUCCCACUCUUCAAAAUUCUCAAAAUAACCUUCCUACAUUUGAAAAUAGUCAGUCAAAUAAUAUUUUCAAGCAGCUUAUGACAGAAUCCAGUACUGAUUCAUUUGUUCCUCCACCUGAUACCCAGCCAUUGUUCCAAAACAGCUGUAGUUCUCAUGCAGAAAGUGAGGAUCUACUUGGUACCUCAGUUAUAAAACAUACAGAAACUGUCCAGCUGAUGCAGCAAGCUAAUUCAUACAGUGCAACCCAUUCUCCCGAGUCUCAUGUGGACAAGUUUCCUGGGAAUAAAUUAUCUGAUCUGCUUCUUUCAGAAGUCCUCACAGAGAACUCUUCUAGUGCUCUCCUAUGCAAUACCCCCAAAAUCAGUAGAACUCCUGAAUUAAUUUUUCAUGAAAGUUAUCCCUCCAAGAGAACUAUGUCAACUCUAGAUGAAGGUUCAAACUCAGUGAAGCAAACAUUCUUUCCCGAUUAUCACCUUAGUCAAACAAUUACAAUUGGUAAGCAAACCAUGAGUCUAGUGAAGACUACUGAUAAAGAUGUCAAAAAGCGACUGCGUGAGCAGAUUUUGGCUGGGGAUUUUCAACGCAGAAACGUCUUUCCUCCUGGAAAUAUGAGUGAAAAUGCUUCGGGCUCAGUCUGUAGUCCUUCCAGUAAUUCUGGAUUUCGGAACUUGUCUCAUGAGGCCACAAGUCAUUCAACAGCUCAUGAAGAAGUCCUUACGAGAAAAUCUUCAGUUAUUGCAGAAUCUUCUGGUGAAAUUGAAAACCUACUGAACACCCAGAGCUUUACUAGUUUCAGACAGACUCCCAGAAUGCUCAUAGAGCUGCCAAGCCUGCCAGUAACUGCAGCAACUAAUCGGGAUCCUGGACCUUCAGAGUUCUCAGCAAGCCAGCAGCAGAGGAUAACAGAAAUUCAGUAUGCAUUUGAAAGGCUUGACUUAGUCAGAGAAAAAUCUGAUCAGUUAAUAACUUUAAAGAAAAAUGAGAUUGAUUCAAAGAGUCCAUCUGUAUCCUCUGAAGUGACAUUGCAUACUUCAGUUCCAUCAACAUCUGUUAACGUUAAACCGUUUGCUUGUGAGAACAUUAACUGCACAUUUAGUUCCAUUUCCAGCGAUGCACUGUGGAAGCAUCUCUCCAAAACACAUAACUACACCCUGGAGAUGGUCAAUGCAGUAAAAAAAAAAUACGGGCAGUAUGCUCCUUUCAAGUGUCAGAAAUGUCCAAAAGCAUUCACUCGAAACUCAAACCUUCGCAUUCAUUACCGAACAGCUCACAAAUUAUCAACUAAAGAAAUUGCAGACCUAGAUGUAAAGCGAAAGCUGGCAAAGGCUGAAGCAUCAAAUGCUAGUCGAAAAAAGACUGAGAGUGUAAGCCAGGUUCCAAUGGCUCCAAUUACCACAGCUAAUCAAUCAACUUCAGAUAACUGCACAUAUAUGUGUCCUCUCCAGAGUUCAAUAAAAUGUCACACAUAUGUUCCUUGUGCUAACACAACUAAUCAUAAAUAUCAAGGGGAUAAUCACUUCCCAGUUAUCCAUCCUUUAAAAGUUGUUCCCAAGCAUAAUCAAGAACAAACUCCCCUGGCAGGGGCUCAUACCGUUGCCAGUUUACAGUCAGUAAAAGCAGGGAUAUCUACUGAACAUUGGUCCAAACAGCAAAGAAACCUUCCUGAGGAGCAUGCAAAGAGUCAGCAAUUUCCGCUAUUCAAAAAUUUGUCUGCCACACCUGAGCCAACAAAUGAAAAUGGUUAUUUCAAGAGGGGAACAGUGGUUAAAACAAAUAACAUUGUCUGCAAGUCUAAAGGGAAGAAACCAAAAUCAAGAGAUGCAAUGAGUCCAUAUAGACCGUAUCGCUGUGUCCAUCAAGGCUGUGAGGCAGCCUUUACGAUCCAGCACAAUUUGAUCCUCCACUACAAGGCUGUGCAUCAGUCGGCCUUGUCAGCACUGGAAGUGAGUGAAGAGCAUGACCAAAGUGAUGAUGCAGAUGAACUAAUGGACCAUGAUAAAGAGGUAGAGUCGCUGCAGAUUACCGAAUUCAGAUGUCAAGUUAAAGACUGCUGCUGUGUUUUUCAAGAAAUUCCUUACCUCUUUCAACAUUAUCUCCACUUGCAUGAGUUCACAGACUGUAAGGUGGAAGCACUAUUGUCUGCCAUCAGUCUUAGCAGGUUUGCUUGUGGCCACCAGGGCUGCACUGAAACCUUCACUACUUUCAGAAAAUAUAAAAGUCAUGUUAAAGAACAACAUAAAGACCUAAACUUUGCCAGACCUGAACCACUGCACAUUUUAUUCAAGUGUGAAAUUGAAGGCUGUGACCGCUCUUAUGCCACAAAGUCAAACAUGCUCAGACAUAUGAUGAAAAAGCAUCAGGACCUGUACCAGCUUAAACUACAAAAUAAGCAAGUAAAAGAGGAUGAGAUGAAGCAAAACUCAACAUCUUCACAUUAUCAAAUCACCAAAACCAGUAAUGGGAAAGAAAACAUUGAGAGCAACAAAAAGAUCCCCCAAAGAGCUCAUGACAGGAAGAAGGUAGACAAGUCAAAAAGCAAACAUUGGCUGAAAUAUGGAAAACCUUCCUUGAAAUCUAAAGUGGAUGCAUCUGCACUGUGUACCAUGAAAUUUCCGCUACAAUAUCCUUGUAUGAUCAAAGGUUGCACAUCAGUAAUGAAAUCAGAAAAGAGCAUACUCAAACAUUAUAUUGGACACGGACUAUCGGAAAAGUACUUGGAACAGCACAGGAGUCACUUUAUAUUCUGCAAAAAGUUCUCCAGACAGAAAUGUCGUUCCAUCAAGAGUGAUGAUUCCAAAUCUGAGAACACCUCUGAGCAGUCAGACACUGAGAAGACAACAGAUACCAUCAUGGGAGAAGGAAAAUAUGAAUAUUCAAAGCCGGUCCUACGUAGACGGAGUCCAGCAGAGAUACCCAGUACUUUGUUUAACACCAAGUUAUCAAAUAAGAACAGCUCUGAAGGAGCUGUGGUACUAAAACGUAAACGAGGACGGCCAAGAAAAUUCACAGAAAGUUUUGACAAACCUAAAAAAGUAAUUCACCCACCUAAGGUUGCUGUGGUUGUCUGCAAGGACAAUACACAGACACCCCCAAGUCUUGCAAUAAUUCCAGAGGAGAGUGAACAGACUGUGCCCCUGGCUUCUUUUAAACCAAUGGGAUUUGAAAUGUCUUUCCUGAAAUUCUUGGAACAAACUAACAAAUCAGAACAAAGUUUGAUGGGAUCAGUUAAAGGAACAGAAAAGAGUGAGAACCAAACGAGUUCAAACAGCAUAAAGAACUGUGUCUGGUUUAGCAACCAUCAGAACUUAAAGUCACUUUCAAAGGUUAAAAUAAAACUAGAUCCAGCCUUUUCAAGUUUUGCAGAGCCCAUGUUGAAACAGCUCCAGGAUAUGGACCCAGCUGUAGUGUUAGAAAAAUGUGACUGAUUGCUUUUUGGAGGCUUUUUUAAAUCCAAGAAAUGAAUCUCAGAAUUUAAAUAAGGCUUAGUUGAUAAACUAAAACCAUCAGUCUGCUCCACAUUACUAUCUCUGUACAGCUCUUUUUCAUAUUGUAAAGUGUAAAGCAUGUUCAAAUGACAUCAGCUUGUGGUGUCUAAGUUAUCCCUGUGGGAAUUUGAGACAAAUGAGCUAUAUUCUGUGUGUAGUUUGUGAGAUAUUAAUCAAUGCGUGCUGUGUAUAUAGAUUUAAAUCUCCCGCUGCCACCAGCAGUCUUAAAGUUUUUGUUACUUAGUGGUUUUGUGUUUUUUAUAAGAUAAUAGUCAUUGGGGAAGUUAUGUGAAGGUUAAAAUCAGAGCUGUUGUAUGUGGACCUAUAAAAUGAUUUUGUUACAUUUUUCUCAAUUAAACUUACCUGUUAAAACACCAA